GCGUUGUGUGAAUAUAUGGCAGAUAGUCAUAGAGCACGAAGAAAUCGAAUUGGCGCACAAUAUUUUGACAAAUUUCGUACACAUUUUUGGGAAAGACCUGAAGAUGAAUUUGAUAGAAUCUCACCAUCUAUUGAGGAAGUUGAGCGUGAAUUAAGUAUGAGAUCCAUUGUUAGACGAAUAAACCGAAGUUCAUCUAUUACUAAAAACAAUCCUGAUGCUGAGCAAAAUAUUGGCCGUGCCAACUCUGCUGAAACAAUAUUUCUUCAACCACCACCUUAUGAGGCCACAAAUGAAACGCAAAAUCAGAGUCAUGACGAUUCCAAUAAUUUAUCAUCUAAUUAUCAAAUAUGCUCCUGUCACGAAAUGAAAGUGAUGUCAGUAUAUGGAAUCGAUAAAUGA